GGUACGUGAUGUUGUUCUAGUGGUAAAAAAAAUGUUAAUUUCUAACAAUUAAAUAAAUUGUAAAUAACUAAAAAAAAAAUUGUACUAAAAUGAUAGUAGAAUUAUCAACAAUUCAUCUUUUUAUUUUUCUAUUUUUUCAAAUAUCUUCACAAGAAUCAGUGUUAUUAGAUGAUAUUAUUAAACAAAUAAGGGAAAAUGAAUUUGAACCAUAUCAGACAAUAAUAAUGCAUGAUGGAAAAGAAAAGAGUAUUGAAAUUCUAAAUGAAAUAACGCCAAUUGCCUUAAAGGACACACCAAGUUAUAAAUUUGUUGUACCAAUUUUAAAAAAAGAAGAAUCCCUUGAAAUAACAUUUCAAACAUCAAUUUUCAUGGUAAUUUUAAGUUGUGGAUUUGUCAUUUUUAUUUGGCUGAUACUUUGGUUUUUAAAAUUUGACAAAAGAUUUUUACAAUUUUUACAUUAUUUAGAAUUAUUAUUGGGAAUUUCUGUACCAUAUGAUGUGAAUAAAUUAACAGAUAGAAUAAUUUUAAUAACAAUAUUGUUUGGUUUUUGGCAAUUUUCAUCAUCAUUGCAUUCAAUAUUAACAUCGACAAGUGUUAAUAAAGAGAAUGAUGAUUUAAUAAAUACACUUAAAGAUUUAAAAGAAUCAACUUUAAUACCAUAUGUAUUUCCUGGUAUUGAUUAUUAUUCAAAUAAUACUGACAAUGAAAUAAUGAAAAAAUUAAUUGAUAGAUCAAAAAAUUAUACAAGUGAAAUUGAUUGUAUAUUGGAAUUAAGAAAAAAUAAAAAUAUUGCAUGUUUAAUGCUCGAUACAAAUGCACAAUUACAAUUAUGGAAAGAUUUAGAUAAAAAUGGUUUACCAACAGUGAAAAUAAUUGAUGAAGUUAUUGCACAAGAUACUGGAUUUAUAAUUUGUGAAUUAAAUUCACCAUAUAUUUUUGAAUUUGAACGUCAUAUGGGAAAAAUAAUACAAAGUGGUUUAUAUUAUAAAUGGUUGAAUGACUAUUUAAAUGUUACACUUGGAAGGAGAGAAAUUAUUGGCAAUUCUUUUGGAAAUGAAGAAAAUGUUUUAGAACUUUCAUUAAUUAUCAUUCUAGCUGUGGGAUUUACAAUUUCAAUUAUUGUAUUUUUUAUCGAGUUACUCAUUAACAAUAAAAGGCAAUUGAAGACUUAUUUUACAAUGUUGGCGAACACGUGCAACACGACAAGAUAAGAAAAGUUAAAGAAUGUUGCGCGAGAGUUGAUGAAAUGCAUAUUACGCCUCGGGAGAAGAUUUUCAAGAGUACGAAGAAGAAAAAAAAAAAAAAAAAAAAGGAUUAUCACUUUUGUUAUAUUCAUGUUUCAUGGAAGAGUGAAACUUUCUCAAGAUUUUCCCCGUCUUCAUUCAACUCACAUAGAAUAAUAGAAGAACUAUUUUGGACUUUUGAAAAAGAAGAAGAAGAAGAAGAAAAAGAAAAAAGAAGUUACUCAGAUAUAAAUGAUGAAUGUGGAUGAUAAUAAUAAAAGCAGCCAACAGCAUUCGAGUGAUAUUCUCCCAGUUUCACAGUCCUUUUGGAGUAUAAGCAAUUAUGGCAAUGAUUGCGAUGCCAAUUCGGUGGCUUUGAUUGAACAUUACUCUCAAAAUGGAUCGUAAUUCUACCGGAUAUAUUUCGGAAAUUGAAAAUGGACCUUGCAUUUACUGCAAAAUUUUAAUGGAUGAAAUAAAAUAUGACUUGUUCGUAUAAUAUAAAUAUACUUCACUUAAAUU